GCUGAAGUCUCAACUUCAACCUCCGGCUUCGGGGAACUGGAGCUGAGGUUCGGGUCCUUAGUGAGUCUCUGGGCGAGAGGUUUAGAUCUCCGGGGCUUCACAACUUCCAGGACACAAAACUGGUGGUGCAACCCUCUUGGGUCACUGUGUGCUUACGCGGUUCCUCUCCAGUCCCUGGUCCGCCGUCCUGAUCUCUGGGUGCGAAGACAGUACCCCUUUUGAAUUUCUCUAAGGUCAAAGGCUGUUACGGAUUUGGAGAUUAGUGGAAACGCAUUUGAUUUUUUUCUUCGGUUCUUCCCCUAACACAACCUCACACUAUUUGCUUCUCUUUGCACUGUCCUUUCCCUCAGGCUGUUGCUGACAGAAAUCCCUAAUCCUUGUUUCCUGAAUAUACAUUUGGGGCUCUGCCAAAAAAAACAGAGUUAGCAUCUGAAAACUGAAGUUACGUUUGGUGUUGAAAAUGCCCUGUGUCAAUUUUACAGGAAGGCCGUAAACAAUUUUUCCUUCGGUAGCAGAAAUCUUCUUUGCCUUGCUCUUGAUUGACCUUUAAUGUGACCUCAUUUCCCUGGGGGUGAAAGUUUUCAAAGGAAAGGAAUGUACCUUUUCACUGCUGUAGAGGCCAGUACAGUGGUAGCAGUUGGACUGACCAUUGCUGCUGCAGGAUUUGCAGGCCGUUAUGUUUUACAAGCCAUGAAGCAUAUGGAGCCUCAAGUAAAACAAGUUUUUCAGAGCCUACCAAAGUCUGCCUUCAGUGGUGGCUAUUAUAGAGGUGGGUUUGAACCCAAAAUGACAAAACGGGAAGCAGCACUAAUACUAGGUGUAAGCCCUACUGCCAAUAAAGGAAAAAUAAGAGAUGCUCAUCGACGAAUUAUGCUCUUAAAUCAUCCAGACAAGGGAGGAUCUCCUUAUAUAGCAGCCAAAAUCAAUGAAGCUAAAGAUUUACUAGAAGGUCAAGCUAAAAAAUGAAGUAAAUAUGAUGGAGUACUUAUGGAAGCAUUUAAAUAAAAAUAGUCAUCGUACAGAUCACCACUGAAUAAGUCACACCAAGAAGUACUGAGAACCCUUGUGUGAAAAAACAGGUGGCAUGUAAGCCCCAUAACUAUUUUAUUCUAGAAACUGCUUGUUCUAGAAAAUUUGGAUAGUUUUUCUCUGCCAUCUUAUUAGUUCUAAAUUUAAAAAAAAACAAAACAGGAAGAUACAAGACAGCUAGAAGCAAAGCCAUAUAUAAUUGGGGAAGAUUAGGUACUUAACACAUGGUAAAAUCCUUAACAUAUUAACUGUGCCAUACCGAAAAGCUAUAGUGUAUUCAGUGCUGUGAAAAUGUAUGCUCUACCUUGAAAAACCUUUCAUCAGAAAUAUAUAGAAAUAAAAUUCAGUCAAAUGCUUCAUUUAAAGGAUUAGAUUUAAUCUAGAAUGCUGUUGAAUUUUUUUAAACUGAUGACAGCAACCUGUUAACAGUUGUUUUGCAGUUCAGACAUCUGUAGAAGUCAUUUUGAGCAUAAAUGAGCCCACCAACAUACUGAUUCUGAUGACAAUGUAAAGCAUGGCUAAGGAACUUUCAAGAAUAGAAUAGGGUAGAAAGAUGUAAGUCUGAAGUAAACAAAAUUUAAAAAUAUUUUAAAUGUGCUAGAUUAAAUGUUAAAAUCCUGGACUGAAUAACCCUGAGUUCCAGCAACCAUAGAUCAUCUAAGCACUUGCUUUUUAUUGUACUAUGGUGCAAGGUGCUGUGUAGCUGCAUAGAAAUAAACUGCUACCUUAACAGGAUGUAAGAAGCAUUUUUAUCCUGUUACCUAUUAUUCCUGACCCAAUGACAGGGUAACAGUCCCAUGUUAUAGUAUAAUCUGGAACAUGUUCACACCCACCUUAAUGUUAUUUCAUUUAAUGGAAUUUCACAUGUAAUGUUUAGAGUUUUCUUAAAAAACAGCAAAUCAUCUGAAAAAUGAAGCUCAAAGGAGGUGAAAAUCUCCAGACAGCAAAUAAAUAUAAAUCCAGAAAACUGUUGGGAAAUAUUUUUAGGAAAAAUAGAAACUAAAAAGUAGGUACAUUUUACAGUUAACUCAUUAAAACGGUACAAAUUUGCAGAAAAUACUUCAUUCAAAAAAAAAGAAAACUGGGGCCAGGGAUUUAGCUCAGUGGUUCCACCACCUGCUGCGCAAGCACAAGGACUGGAGUUCAAUCCCCAGUACAGAAAAAAAAGAAAACUGAUGACUGCGAUACAAAGAAACCCAAGGUAGUAACUGGUAUACUUAAUAGUGGAACUAUAAAAUUAAGUCAGUAAAGAAUUAUUUUCCUCGUCUUGGUUAUUUUGCAGUUGUUUUGGCAUUUAACUAGUUUGAAAUGUCUGGGAUAAAUAUGUUACAUAAGACAGUUUAAUUCACUAUACUGCUUCUGAAAGUACUUGGGCACAUGGUUAAAGUUCAGUAAGGUUCUGAUGUGUAGACUCCAGUUAAUGUUAAUAGUGGGAGGGCCCUGAUCUGAUCAAGUAGCUCAGCCCCUGCUCGAUGAAACUGAAGCCAGAGCAAGUUUGGUGAAACUGUUGCUUCCCAAUUGUGCACUUACCUGUAAGAUACUUUCAAAUAAUCACACACUGUUCAAAAUAAAUUAUAAAGCUGCAUUAUAGUUUUUUCAGAA